GCUGCUUCCCAACGCCAACCUGACAGCAGCGGCGGCGGCGGCGGCUUAAUCUUACUUUGCAUCGCUCACCGUGUGAGCGUGUGUGUGUGCGCAUUCUAUUCUCUUUGCUGCGACGACACCCGAGACUUGGACACCGAUUUUACAACGAGAUCCACUUUGGACGGAGCCUUCCCGAUCUGCAGCUUUUAAAUCUUCAAACAGCAUCAAAAUGGCCAACAGGAAGAUGGAGCGCAUCGGGAGGAAUGGACUAGUGGCACUUAUGCUAAUGUGUUCUCUUACUAAGAUAUGUGUGAAGGCAAGCCUCGAGGUCAAUGAAACUCAGCAGCACAAUCCAACCAACGUGUAUCACGACAUGGGAAUCACCCGGAACAAGAUAGUCACAGCACAGUUUGAGUGCUACCAAAAGAUCAUGAAGGACAACCCUUCCGACAGACUAGAGCCCAUGUGUAAUCGCACAUGGGACGGUUGGUUGUGUUGGGAUGACACCAAGGCAGGCAUCACCUCAGAACAACACUGCCCUGACUACUUCCAGGAUUUUGACCCUUCAGAGAUGGUUACAAAGAUCUGCACUGACAGUGGUCAGUGGUUCCUGCAUCCUGAGAGUAACCGCACAUGGACCAACUACACACGCUGCAAUGAACACACCAGCGAAGGCAGAGUGACAGCAAUGAAUCUUUUCUACUUGGCUCUCAUAGGACAUGGACUGUCCCUGACCUCCCUCUUCGUCUCUCUUGGAAUAUUCUUCCAUUUCAAGAGUUUAAGUUGUCAGAGGAUCACGCUUCAUAAAAACCUCUUCUUCUCUUUUGUACUCAACUCUGUGAUCACUAUCAUUUGGUUGACAGCAGUUGCAAACAACCAGGAACUGGUGCAGAGGAAUCCAACAAGCUGCAAAGUGUCCCAGUUCAUUCAUCUCUACCUGUUUGGUUGCAAUUACUUCUGGAUGCUGUGCGAGGGAAUUUAUUUACACACGCUCAUCGUGGUGGCGGUGUUUGCCGAGAAGCAACACCUCAUGUGGUACUAUCUCCUCGGCUGGGGGUUCCCUCUUAUUCCUGCUUCCAUCCAUGCCAUUGCAAGAAGUUACUACUACAAUGACAACUGUUGGAUCAGCUCCAAAACAUCACUACUCUAUAUUAUCCACGGCCCCAUCUGUGCAGCUCUCCUGGUCAAUUUGUUCUUUCUAUUGAACAUCGUAAGAGUGCUCAUCACCAAGCUCAAGGUGACCCAUCAAGCCGAGUCGAGCCUCUACAUGAAGGCCGUGAGAGCAACUCUCAUCCUGGUACCGCUUCUGGGCAUCCAAUAUGUCCUGCUUCCCUACAAGCCGGAGGGGCGGGUUUCCUCAGAAAUCUACGACUACAUCAUGCACAUACUGAUGCACUACCAGGGUCUGCUGGUAGCCACCAUCUUCUGCUUUUUUAAUGGAGAGGUCCAAGCAGUUUUACGGCGGCACUGGAACCAGUACAACCUCCAGUUUGGCAGCAGCAUCGGAAACCAUUCGGACGCCCUGCGCUCGGCGUCCUACACGGCUUCCUCCAUCACCGAGGUGCAAGGAUGCUACAGCAUCGACGGCCACUCGGAACACAUGAACGGCAAAGGAUGCCACGACACGGAUGCUUCCAUCCUAAAGUCGGAAAACCCCUUCGCCUGACCACGAGGUGUCUUCCGACUCAACCCUAGGCAGCUUUGGUACUACGUCACCACCAGCUUCCAACCACUGAGACUGGACUGUUCAGGGUUGAAGGAAAAAGACUACAUACAACUCACCAUUCUGUCACAUUGACAUGGGCCCAUUAAUUGUCAUGAUAAAUGUGAUUUAUAGAAGGCCUUUUAUUACAGUGCAGUACAAUGAAUGCUUUUGAUCUGGUUAGUGCCAAAUUGGCAAGUCCUUGCCUGUGUCAUUCAUUAGGCCCUGGAGUCUGAAGGCCCUCCUGGAAUUGUUGUUUAUCUUUGUCUUUUAUCUGCCUUCUUCCUUCUAAAUUUGUUUUUAAGGUGUGAAAGUUAGAACAAAAUUAGCCCCCAACACCAGUUUCACAGAUCAACACGAAACUGGCUGGACUGUCACUAUUAUAACAGGACACAUGAAAAAGUCUCAAGAACCCAUGCAUGAAAUUAAAUUGUCGUUUUUGGUGUGAAUCGGCCAUGUGAAUCCUACGAGGGAAUGUACCUAAAUAAACCCCAGUUGGAACUGACUAUCCUAUAAGAUGAGUGACGAUAAAUUGAAGUCAGGCGAGUGUACCAGUACACCAUGAGUGAUCUUCGAUAUAUACGUUCUUGCCAACAGCACAUCAAUGAGUGUAACAUUUGUUCUAUACAGCAGCUAUAUUCCUUUCCUUUAGAUUUUAACAAGUGGAACAUACAGUAUUUUACCCAAAUGAGCCCCAAUUGGAAGUAGUAUCCUACACACAUGGGCGAUGCCAUAUAACAUGGUGUCAAAGUUUUAUCAUCGUUUCAAGGAUGCACCAAGAAUAUGGAAUUUAGCUUUAUUAUUUUCCCCAUAAAUAACACAGAACAGUUGUUUCAUGUAAUAAUAUAUUCAUAUUAUAUCAUGUAUUUCAUAUUAAUUUAUCCAUUGGUAUUCUUGUUGAUAAAAGUAAUUACUGUAUUUAUUUGUGCUGUUGAUAAGCUUACUUUUUAGUUCAUCAAGUAAUACAGUGUACUUACUGUAUUAGCUUUGGCAACUUAACAACUAACAGCAACUUUUGUCGUUGUUUUAGAUUUAAGAGAGAAUUGGUUCAGAAGCAGAAUUUAUUACACUUUUUCAAGUAAACAGUGUCGUAUGUGCUCUGCCUUGGCCAGACACACUGGUGGUAUUGGUAUAUGGAAGUAGGCUGGGGACACAUGAAAAUUGUGAAAUCUUUUUUUCGACGUAGCGGUAAUUAUCGUUUUUUAUUAUCGCAGUGCUUUUUUUUUUUAUCAUAUUCAUUCGAGAACAGCAACUUCAAACACUGGAAAGAGAGAAAAAUGUGCCGCAGAAAUCAUAUUUUAGUUGAUGCUCGUAGGACUCGCAACAUUUGAAUGCACAAAAGUUUGUUACUGUUACUGUUGAACACCACUACAGUGCCAUAUGAUUAUCUAUAAAAUGAUGCAGUAUUAACAUUUUUUUGUAUAUUGCUUGCCAUAUAUUGGAGAUUGACUUUUUUCCCAUUAUGUGUAUACCCUCUGGCAGAGUGAAACACGUGAAGGAGGUUGAUUUUGAAACAUCACAUACAGUUGAGUUGUUCCAAUUACUAAAUUGAAUUGGAACAUUCAACAACACUUUCCAUAUAUAUUAUCCAUGAUGCCACGAUAAAAAAAAAAAAAAAAAAAAGAGCAGGUGUAAAUACGCUAAAUAGAGAGAACACGAGUGAGAACCGUGUGUGGGCAUGGUUUAUAUUUACAAUAUUUACGAGUGCAAUAUACUCCGAAGCCUUUAAGUGUGGAGUAUUAUGUGACACUGUGUGAGACGUUGGUAGAUCAACCAAAAAAAGAAGAAGUGAUAGACAAGGGCAACCGCUGUAUUAUUUACCGCCAUGCUUUAUGAGGUUCUCACAUAAUUUCUAUUGAAUGUGGGGAGAAUCACCAUAGGUUCUCCGUGGGCCGCCAUAUUGUCAGCGAACAUGCUGUAUGUGUAUUUUGUAGAUAGUUUCUUCAACCUCCCACUGUGAGAGUAAAACUCAAACAAUAUUUCAUUUUUAUAUUGGACACAAUUUCCAUCUGCGAAAGCACCAGACGUUCUGACCACUACCACCAAACCCUACCCCACCGGCAUCUUCACAGUAAGCUAAACAGUAUUUUUUUUAAGUUUUAGUGAUUGUCGGCAAACAGGAAUAAAUACAUGCACACAUGAAAGAGAAUGUAUGCGAUCGCGAAAGCAACUCAAGACUUUUGGAAGGCAAGUAAUUUGGCGAAGCCAGUGAACUGAUCUAAACCCAAUUAAGCAUGCAAAACAAUUAAAGGUGAUAGUCUUCAAAUUUAAAAAGUCUGUCACUGUCCAAAUACAAUGCAGAUUAUUUUUAUACGAUAAGCUCUGCCACCCAUAGGAUGAAAUUGCAAUGGUUGCAAGAUGUUACAUUUCCAUUGACAGAUGAUGGAGGGUUGGAAUUUACCAGGUGUUGAUAUAUCAUAAUGGUCUUAGGAAAAUAUCACAACCAUGGUGACUCCAUUGUGUAUUUAUGUACAGUUUUACUUCUUUUUAUGAUGCUAAAAAGAAGUUGAGAAGUCCCAGUGAUGCUACAACGAGGUUGUGAAGUCCCAGUGACCCUUGUGGUAUCACGGUGUAACGUAGUAUGACAAAAGCAUUUGGGACGAUGUUUGUCGUUUAUGUUUAUACUGUACUGUAUUCUACUUUGGUAGUCUUAAGUGACACCACUCUGCUGUUUGAAUGUAAUUGUUGGCAGAUUCUGUGAUGUGAAAAAACAUCGAUUUACAUACAAUGUCUAUUUUUUAUUAUUAUUCCACUGAACUGAACAAUGUUGCUAUAGUGUAUUUAUCUUCAUACAACAGUAUAGCACAGCACUUGUUUGUUGUUCAUAGCUUAUUUUAGUAUGUUUUUGUUUAUUUCUUUAGUUCAUUGUGAAUGAAUAUAACUCACCACAAUUUUCUUACACUGACCUAAUAAAGGUAACUACAAUAUU